AUGGCUCCGCCCGCGAAGCGCCGCCGGCGGAACAUCGUCGAAGCUUCAGACGAUGAAGACGAACAGCCCCAUGCUAAUACCCUGAACAAAUUCCUCCUUUCCUUACCAAGCUCCCCUACGAAAAACCGCGCCCCUACAGCUUCUCCGAGUCCUACAAAACCCAAAAUCCUUGCCAACAAUCCAGCCAAGAAUGGUUCCCUCCGCCUACCACGUCGCGCGCACCAAAACCAGCGUAACAGUACGAGCCCCAGCACGAAGCGAACAAAGGAUGUUGGAAAAGCGGCGGAUAAGGGGAAGACGGCAGAUUUGAGGACCCUCUUCUCCAAUCAGGCACAGAAAGCUGUAAAGACAGGAGCAGGGGAUAGACAAUCCGUUCCCCUUGAUGAUAUUAUCAGCGAUCCUAUCUCAGAAGACGAUGAUAUUUCUGAACAAAAAGCAAGUUCUUCGAGUUUGGUUGGCCAACACGCGAAGAAAAGGCUACGAAAUGAUUCACAGACGGCAUUCCCGGCCGCGCCUAGUGCUAGCCAGAAGUUCAUCAAACCACCGAAACCAAUACCCCUUGCCACCGCCAACAACGAUACACGACCAUGGUCCGAGCGAUUUGGACCGAAGAACCUAGAGGAAAUCGCGGUAAAUAAGAAGAAAGUAUCAGAUGUGAGAAGAUGGUUAGAAGAUGUCAUGGCUGGACGCAUGCGACAGCGCCUACUCAUCCUCAAGGGUGCAGCAGGUUCCGGGAAAACGACAACGAUGCGACUCUUGGCGAAUGAUAUGGGUUGCGAGCUUCUUGAAUGGAGGAACCCUGCAGGAAGCUCCGGGUUGGGAUUCGUUUCGGCAUCAGCGCAAUUCGAAGAAUUUCUUGGUCGCGGUGGGAAAUUUGGAGCGUUGGAUACAGAUGUCCCGACAUUGCCAUCAUCCCAGAGUAGCUCGCAGGCUGCACGAAAAAGCGAUUCCAAACGAGUAAUACUCAUUGAAGAGUUCCCAAACACGUUUGCAAAGUCCUCUACCGCAUUGACAUCUUUCCGCAAUACCAUCCUACAAUACCUUGCCAAUAAUACGCCCUCUCUGUCUAUUUUUGCGAAACCUUCUCAACAGGAACCCGUGACACCAGUAGUCAUGAUCAUUUCAGAGACUCAUCUCACCACGACAUCCGCCUCAGCCGACAGUUUUACCGCACAUCGACUCCUUGGUCCUGAAAUCCUGCAACAUCCAGGGGUUGGUAUGAUUGAGUUCAACGCCAUCGCACCAUCGUUCCUCCUGAAAGCACUUGAACUGAUCGUUCAAAAAGAAGCUCGGAAGUCUGGACGAAGAAAAACUCCAGGUCCUCAGGUUCUGAAGCGUCUCGGCGAGAUUGGAGACAUCAGAAACGCCGCCUCGUCGCUUGAGUUUCUCUGCUUGAAAGGUGAUCAACAAGGCGACUGGGGCAACAAAGUUGCCUUUACGAAGCAGACCAAGGGUACGAAGGAUGCCAUCAAACUUACUCAGGGUGAAGAGGAGAGCCUGGAGUUGAUAUCGCAGCGUGAGGCGAGUCUAGGUAUCUUCCACGCGGUUGGAAAGGUGGUCUACAACAAGCGAGACGAAUUUGCUCCGCGGGAUGAUACCACUGAAAGACUGCCGGGCUUUCUUUCGCAACAUUCGCGACCAAAACGGUCAGAAGUUUCCGUGGAUACUCUAAUUGACGAGACUGGUACCGAUACACACACAUUCGUCUCAGCGUUACAUGAGAACUACGUUCUAUCAUGCGAGAGUACAGAUCCUAUGGACCUGUCGACACCAAUGGACUACGUCAAUGAUUGUAUCGAGUACCUCUCCCAAGCCGACCUCCUCUCUCCGUCAAGAGACAUAUUCUUUGGAGGCAGAGGCGGCUUUUCAAGUCCAGACUCUGGAAGCCAUGUGUUGCGACAAGACGAAAUAACAUUUCAGGUCGCCGUUCGCGGCAUGCUGUUCUCUCUUCCCAACCCUGUCAAACGCAAAUCGUCGUCCACGCUCAAAGGUACUGAUGCGUUCAAGAUGUUCUACCCAACCAGUCUAAAACUCUGGCGCGCCAAGGAAGAGCUGGAGGGUUUUGUGGAUAUGUGGUCCACGAAGUUACUCAGGGGCGAUGAUGGAGCGAUCAAGAACCUCACCGAUGGCGCUACAGCGUUCUAUCGCCCACAACAGAAUUCUGAUGAAACUUCUUGGAUGCAACGCAAGCAACAGAGCCGACAGGCUGCUAUAAAGCUACAGCAGCAGAAACAGAAGGAAGACGAGAUUCAGGACACGCCUCUGCUUUCACUCGGUAGCGCAGCCCGGCGCGAGCUGCUCCUCGAGCGUCUACCGUACAUGGCUCAUAUUGCUCGAGCUCGCAAGACAUCCACUUUCCGCCUUCGAGAUCUCGAAAAGGUAGUCGCAUUUAAAGGCAUCAACGCUGCAGAUGAAGAAUCCGAUGCCGAAGACGAUAUGUCACCUGGAGAAGCGUGGGCAACAGACAAGCCUUCAGAAGAAAUGGGUCCUCGAAAGAAGCGCGCGGGUAUAAAGGAUGGAAACGUAUCGGGAUUACUUGCUCAGAAAUUGGUACUCAGCGAUGAUGACAUUGAAGACUAG